UCAGACGAGAGGAUCUGUAGACCCCUCAGUAUACGAUCUGAUCUGUACCUACAACUCAGUUUUAUUACUCACAACUCAAGGAUGCUGGUUCAGGUGGUGAUAUCUGUGAUGUUGGCGACACUGGUGAAGACGGAACCCCCUGACGCUUGUGAGACCAUGGAACCCAGUCACGGCGGCAGUCCUCAGGAAGGACCUCCACCAUUCACAUUCUACCUGCACAAGGACACGAUAGUGAGCCGGUUGUCAGCGCACUUCGCUAUCCUGGGCAGUGAGAGCCAGCACUUCACGGGGUUCAUGGUUCAGGCGCGAGACGACGCCUCAGGGUUACCGGUCGGGCAGUUCGACACAGGGUGUCUCGACAUCAACACCAUGAACUGCUUCGGCGGUUUCGCGAAUACUGCAGUCCACCUCAGUUCGGAGCCCAAGUCUGACGCUCACAUGCGUUGGCUUCCAGAUCUGGACUUUGUUGGGAACGUCACUUUCUUUGCAACGGUGGCCCAGUCCAGGAAAGUUUUCUGGGUGAGGCAUCCUGCGAGAAAAUUGCAAGUCAUCCUUGACGUCGCCUGAUCCUCACUUAGUCCUUAAUCUGCAAUAAUAACUUUGUUUCAUUUAUACCAACUAAUUUAAAAUAUUUUAAACGUACAUUGUAAAGUAGUAAAAGCUCUUGUUAUAUAACGUAACAUAUAUUAUGAUUUAGCCUUGACACAUCCUUAAAGGCUUUAGUAUAAGUGGGUGGAGGUGGAAGAAAUUUGGUAGGUACAUGACAGCAACUUAUUACAUAAAAUAAUAAAUAGGUUUCAAUUGUAAAUACAGGGUGAGUUACAUAAGUUUUCCUCAGAUAUAUUAAGAGAACGGUUGGAUCAAUAG